CAGAGCCUCUCCUCCUGCGGCCGUGGGAUAAAUUCUACUGCUACUGAAGUUUUACUGGAUAUUUCAAAGUUUUAACAGGCUGGCUCUCGUCGCCUCCUAGUGUGCAGCCCGGGGAUUGAAUAUAUUUGAUUUUUUUUUUAAGGAAAGUUCUGAAACCACAGGAAAUCCUAUUUGAUAGCAUCAAAGGGAAGACUUUUUCCCCUGCAUACUAGAGCUUUCAACUUCUGUCUUUUCACGUCAUCAAUUCCAAACAAAGAAGAGAGAAUGCACAACCGGAAGACUUUAUGACACCUUAUCUGUGGAUCUAAGUUAAAAAAGUAUCAGAAAAGUUGAAGAUAAGACAGUUUCUUCCUCUGGGAAAUACAUAAAAUGGCAACAGAAACGUUCCAUGCUGCCCAUGCUGGUCUUGAUCCAUCUGUAAUUCCAAUGUCCCCCUCAACAGGAAGCCUGAUUGGGAUGUUUCAUGAGUACCAGAGCAAUGCGGUCAUCAUUGAGCACUACAACUUCACAGGCAAGCUGAAGGAGAACAAGUACAAGGAAGGGCUCAAACCAGAGGCCAUAGCUUUUCUGCUGGUCUGCCUGCUGAUUGUUUUAGAAAAUGCUGUGGUGCUUCUGGCUAUUUGGAAGAACAAAAAAUUCCAUCUGCCCAUGUACUAUUUAUUGGGCAACUUGACUCUUUCUGACCUGCUGGCAGGUUUCACCUACAUGGUAAACAUCAUAACAUCCGGGGCCAACACAUUAAACAUGACCCCUGUGCUGUGGUUCCUGAGGGAGGGGGGUGUGUUUAUCAUGCUGGCUGCCUCGGUCAUCAGUUUGCUGGCCAUCGCCAUUGAGCGCCAUGUUACCAUGGUGAGGAUGAAACCGUACCAGGGGGACAAACAAGGGCGGAUGUUUGCUCUGAUCGGAGCGAGUUGGGUGUUGUCUGUGUUCCUGGGUGUCCUGCCUGUCCUGGGCUGGAACUGUAUGGGACGGCUGGACCAGUGCUCCACAGUCCUGCCACUCUACGCUAAGAGUUAUAUCCUCUUCUGCAUUAGCAUCUUCAGUGCCAUCCUCAUGUCCAUCGUGGUGUUGUAUGUCCGCAUAUUCCGCAUUGUCAAGUCUAACACUCAGCGCCUUGGUGCAAGUCCUCACCGAAAAGGUAUUUCCCGCAAGUCCCAGAAGUACAUGGCCCUGCUAAAGACAGUCACCAUAGUCUUGGGGGUCUUCAUUGCAUGUUGGCUACCCCUCUUCAUCCUCCUGCUACUGGACUUCUGCUGUAAAGCCAAAAAGUGUGAAGUGCUCUUUAAGGCAGACUACUUCUUGGGCAUCGCUAUGUUCAACUCCCUUCUUAACCCUAUCAUCUACACCCUGACCAGCAAGGACAUGAGGAGGGCCAUCCUCAGGCUGCUCUGCAGACCCUGCCUUCUGACAAAAGAUGGACACAUGAAGAAGAUUGGGGUACCCUUCCUGGAGUGCAGCACCAGUAAGACUGAUGCAGCCUCUCACAGACUGGAGGGACUGGAGACAACAGUAUCCUCCGGAAACUUUACACCAUCUACUAUUAAAGCCAUCUACCCCAGGAUGUCUAAAACAUGAUAAAGGGGCCUGCUUUGACUUUGCACUGAAAGCAUGUAUUCAGACUAAGAAUUGGACCACUGAGACAUUGAGUACUCUUCUCUCUAAACUGAGUCGCACAUGUGCUUUAGUCAAGCAAACAUGUAAGACAGGAGUGAAGUUUUGUGUUGCACUCAGCCACGGUUUUGGUAUUAAUCCUCAUGAACACAAUAAGCUCGAUGUAUGUGAUAGGUCUCCAAAGUAGCAGAAAGACCUUUUUGGUGAAUUAUAACCUAUUUCAAUUGUCUGUUCAUAUUUUCUGUAACAAUUUAUGACAAACAGAAAUGUCCCAGCCUUAAUAGUUUCCUGCGAAAAACUAGCAUUACAUUUGAAAAAAGGCAUUUUUGCCUCGACAAAGCCAGUAUCUGUCAGAGAGAUUUUCCUUCCGGACAAAUUCAACUGCAUUAUUUCAAUGUUUGCUUUUGCACAUAAGGUGAAAUCAAAGAAUUCAACUGUGUACAGAUGUUUCACAUAAAUGCAGCCAAUUAUGCUGUACGUCUGAUAGACUGGGGCUAAAGCCAGAGCAUGAGAUUUAUCCUUAUCUCCUCUCCCUCCUGUGGAGCAUAUAAUGAUACGUUGUUACAAACGUGGAGCAUCCACACCCAGACUCUGCCGCCAAAACCAUAUAAUUUCUGCCAUCUGAGUUUUGGUCAACAGCCACAUUGGGUAGAGGUCCCCUCGGCCAAGAUCAGAGGCUCAGGGGCCUGGAGACGCUCUGAAGACGUCAUAUAGAGGGUUGUGCUUGUUGGUUUGCAGCUUUGGAGGUCCUUUCAUCAUAUGUAGCAGCAGAUGAUGAAUAACUAAAAGCAGUAAAGCUGACAGUGGAGGUUUGAGUUUAAUUGACUGGAAUAUCGCUGUGAUACACUAAAGCAUGUAGACAAAAACAAGAGACUUAAGAACUUUUUUUGUUGGAGAAAGUCCAUCUUAAGACCAUGAAAUGAUACAUUUCUUGUGAAAGACUGCAGAUAUAAUCUUGUCGCAUAUGAAAGGAAUUUGUCAGAGCCUGCACAACAAAGUGUGUGGGCUUCUGUGGGGAAUUUCAUUGUGGUAACAUUGAAAUAAUAACUGACUUUUUAAUCCUGUACAUAAAUGUAAAGAGAAAAUAAAUCUAUUUACGGAUUUGUAGUACACCUUGUAAAUAUAUAUAUAGCCUAUUCUCCUCACUUAAGUUAUGUCAGUUUUAUAUGUGCACUGAA